AUGAGUACUCGGUUCUUAUAUGGCAACGAGUCUCGUGACUGUGGAUCAGUGUGUGAAACAUCCGAAAUCGCGGUGGGCAGCCGUCGAGGCUUCUUGCAUGUCGGUUUCCUUUUGCCAUCCAUUACACUACCCACGACAACAAUAUCGACGGUCACGGUCCCCAGCUCCCUCGUAGCGCUGGCAACCCAGCCAGCAACUCAACCAGCCAACAUGUCUACGUCUACCCCUCACAACGACACGGACAAGACUAGCAACACCCUAUUUGAGGCUCCCAAUUCCGCCGAAGUACAACCAGUGAGGGACAGGAAGCAUUUUUCCAUCGAUCUCUCACUUGAACUGGAGCGUCAGCUCGAGAUGGACUCUCUGCCUGUCACGCCCAUGCGCGAUCUCACCAGUGCCACGGAAGACAACGAGCAAAAGCAUGAAGCACUCGACCCGGAAAUACUGGCCCACCUCGUCAUGCAGCUGCGGCAUUCCUUGUCUGAAAUGACCAAGGAACGUGAUGAACUGGCCAGGAUGCUAGCUGACUCUCAUAGCAAGCAGGCAUCGCUCAACGAUGCUCUGCAGCUGAUGACCGAGAAGGCCACGGCCGUUAACGAGGAGCUGGUUGAAGCUCGCCGCAAGAAUAAAGAGGACGAGGAGGCUAUUACUCUCCUGCGGGCCAAAGUCGAAGAAUCGAGGAGAGGUCUCAUGCGACUUCAGACGGAGAACCGGCGGCAGACCAUGGCACCCAUCGACGUCAAUCGUGCUUCUCUCCUUGGAAGUCCGCCCAGUUCCUCAAAUAAGCGGGCCUCUUUCACACCUCUCACUGGCCGAUCAGCAGGUGGGCACCGACGGAUAUCUUCAGUUUCGGACGUGGCCUUUUCGAUUGCGGAUUUCCAUCCCAGCCCGAGUGGACAGACCUUGACCUUCCCUGACACAGGGCACAACCCUCAAACCACGCCUCCGCCUAGCAGCACGCGUUAUCCUGCUGUAUUUGGUCGCCAAUCUCCUCCUGCUACUACAAGCGAGGGCGGGUCCCUCGAGCUGGAAGAAGUCAAGCGUGAACUCCGUCAACUCAAGGAGGAGCUCGCGACUGCCAAGCACGAGCUAGCAGAGGCCAACGAGGCGAAGGAGGCAUCCGAAACGUGUGUCAAGGCGUUGCGGCAGUUUAUCGCCGAGAACACGUUUACAGACGCCCAAUCCUCGACUGCACCCUCGUCCAUCAAACUCCCUCCCCUCCCUACUAUGGCAACGGGCGAGGAGGCCGCAACUGAAUCGAAACAAGGGCGUACGGCGACGGGCUGGGGAUUCAAGCUCUGGGGAGCCGAUUCACCUCGAGUCCCGCAAUCUGCGACUAUCCCUCCUCAGUCAGCCCCUGCCGUUAACGGUAGUCCUCAGCUGGGCGGCGGGGCUACGCCCACGCUUCCUGCUGCCCCCCUCAGCAGAAAGUUUGGUGGGCUAUUCAGCUCCAGAUCAAGUAUUUCGUCGACGAUGUCUAACAAUACCCCUCUGCCACCGCUCCAGACGAACGGUCCCUCGGUGAUGCAGCGCAACCCUUCGCACGAGACUAGUUCUUCGGAUGCUUCGUCUGUUGCGGAGCCCAUUAGUCCGAGCGACGAUAUUCAUGGACUGGGAACCGCUCCUGUCGUCAUUUGCCGCGAUUCGACCAGUUUAUCCGACGUGAGUAGUGUCCACGGUGUGGUACCUGCCAAAUCCUUGGAUGUGGAGAUCAUUCGGUGA